AUGGAGCGACGGACACGAUGCCACCUUGCGCUCUUGCCCUAUCUUCUCCUCGUCGUGCUCGCCUCGCUUGUGGCGGCGAGCGAGGUGACGCCCUCGCCAGUAGCGCCGGCGGGGUUCGAUCACACUUUAUGGACACGCGUCCUCCAGUCCUACGCCUCCACUGCCAAGAUCGAUGGCAUACAGGAGACGGUGGUGGACUACGAGACCUUGCGUCGGCGAGCCGACCCCGACUUCGCCAACUACCUCGACAAGCUGGCCGACUUUGACCCCGCCACGCUGUCCGGCUCGCGAGAGGAGACGCUGGCCUUCUGGCUCCUCGAAACCCUCCACGAGGAGCUGGCGCACGUCACUGCCAACGUGCUCGAACUCUUCUGCCAUCGCGACUACCAGGGGUUCGCUUCGUUCUUCCAUGACGCGCUCCUUCUUAUUCAGGACCUCGGCGCCGUGUGGAAGCUGUACGAGAAGGGACACCAGAAGAAACAGGAAGCAGUGUACAUAGUGGCGUUCUCCAACUUCCUCGCGGCCUAUCCAGAGACCGGUCUCACCACCAACGCUGAUGGCGACAAGACCGGGUUUCUGUUGACCAUCACCGACCCAGUGGACGUUGCUUCCUGCUGA